AUGAUCUACACCCACUUCAUCAAUGCCUACCUGUCCAGAACAGAUACCUCAGAGGAGACUUAUCCAGGAAGUGACCCAGCAGCUGGUAACAUCACACUCCGACUGACAAAAACACCACAAAAUCCUCAAAGAGAAAGAGGAAUAUGGGAUAAAGUGACAAGUAGGAUUAAGGGUGAAACCACCCCACAAAGAGGUCACUUUGAUAUUGCACGCCCUGAUGGCUCAACACAAGCAGUGAAUUCAGAAAAUCAGAACUGCCUUUUUCAUGCUGUCAUCCAAGCAACAACUAAGGCCCCCGACCAUGUUGUGAAAGAAAAGGCUAAAGAACUCCGAAGCAGAGUCAGUGAGGAGAUCCGCUCAAAGCCAGCCAAAUACGCUAAUGCUGUGAAGAUCCAGAACAUGUUUAAUCAAACAAGCAGCUGCAACAAAUUUAAAAUAGAAGGUGGACUGAGAAAAGGAGACGAGGAGAAGUACAAGAAUUACAUUAAAAACAAGAGGCCACAACAAAUUAUCAAUGAAUGCAAGUUAGGAAAUGUUGGAGAAUACAAACAACUUACAAAUAAGAAGAAGCCCACCCCAGGUAUGGUUGAGGCAGACCACAUUCCACCAAAGAAAGUCUUGAGCGAUGUCCAUAAAUGGAUUGAUAAUAAUAAGGAACCAAAAAGGGUCAAAUUACUGAAAGAAAAGAACAAGGAUUUCUGUGAGCAGGUCAUGAAGAUGGAGAAUGACCUGACUGGAAACAUGCAGAUCUGCAUGAACACACUGUAUUAUGACCACAGACGUGUGCUGACCACCGGCAGCUCUGGGGAGAGCACAGCAUGCAGAGAUUUGCUGGUGAAAACCUUUCAAAAAGGAGAUGUACCGAAAGGACUGAAGCUCUCAUUAAUGAUGGCACACCCACAAUUUUCAGACAACUUCAGAAAGGAGCUAGGUAUCCAUCGUAAAUUCAGGACCGCUAAAUCUGGACUUACACAGGACAAAAGGAACCAAUUCUACAAAGACGGCUUUACAAGGCUGGGUGAAACAUACAGCCGGCUGGAUUUGCCCGACGCUGCGGACCGCAGCUCUCAGAGAAAACACAUGAAAGAGCCACGUUCUCAUGAGGAACCUCGCACUGUUCCUCCAAACUCAAACCAGCUGGGAGAGCUGGCGCACUGCACCUUCUACAGAAACUCCCCUAUGAAAAUGACGGUAAAGAGGCCAUUUUAA